AUGAAUGCUCAUCGUUUUCUUACUCGAUUUGCACCUACUGUUAGCUAUAUUACUCAAGCAGUAUCAAGUUCAUAUAAUGUACCUCUCAAUUCCGCUUUUCACCUUCUUCCGAAUAUAUCUUCCCGGUAUAAAUCGUCAGAUGUGACAGGUGUUGCCUUUUCUCCUCUUCCUGAUGCAGAACUUAAGAUUCAAUUGUAUUACAAAGCUCAAGAAAUCAAACGUCGUAAAGCAAAACUAAAGGAAAUAGCACAAGCCAUAUGGAAUAAGAAACCAAACGUGAAUUUCACCCGUAUCACGUUGGAUGAAUGUAAAAAACUGUACGAAGAACAUAGUGAUCGUGUGCCUUCAUCAUGGGAAGCUAAACAGAUCUAUACUGUCACAUUGGAGCAAUAUGCACCAUGGCGUCAUUUUCAAGAAGAAAAAGAAAGACAACAGCACGUCGUAGCAAUGAUAGAACAAGUCUAUAAUGAUUUACAGACAGAAGUCAAACAACGAAAAGAUCUGACUUUGUCUAAAAGUGAUAUGACUGUACUUCUGGAGAAGAAACUUGGAGAAUUGCCGACAUCGAGAGAUGUAGAAGAUAUGUGGAUGGAUCGAUUUCGUUUACCUCUUGUUAAUUGGCGUGAAUAA